AAUAAAUAAAGACUUUGUGUGACACUUUUUUCUUACAAAAAUGCACCAAACUGUAGACUCACUUUCAACUUAACUAACAUUUAAAUGCUUUUUUUCUUCAAAAAAAAAACCCUUUAGACUCCAGUUGUUGCAAAGACCUUGCAGAAAAAAGGGUCAGUCAUAGGGAACUACUUACUGGAAGACAGGCCAGUGAAAAGAGUCUCUUCUGAUGACUUGAAAGUGGAGACAAAGAAAGAAAUGACAGAUUCACCCAAGACUCAACAGCCGUCAUGUAGAGUCAGGAGAGAAAAUGUUGAACAGAAGCAGACUCAGAGCAUGAGUCUUACUCCUCAGCGAGUGUUCAAAGUGGUAUUUCUGGGUAACUCAGGGGUGGGCAAGAGCUCCUUCAUCCAGCAUUACUGCACAGGCCGCUUCACUACGCUGAGCUGCACUGCUGGUAUAGAUUUCCAGAUGAAGACUUUAACUGUGAACUCCGUCAUUACAACACUGCAGCUCUGGGACACAGCAGGGCAGGAAAGAUAUCGAAGCAUCACUGAGCAGUACUACAGAAAGGCUGACGCCAUCCUUGCUGUGUAUGACAUAACUGACUCCCUCUCCUUCACUGCAGUGAGAGGAUGGAUGGACUCUGUAAAGGAGAAGAUGAGUGACGGUACGGUGCUAAUGCUGAUGGGGAACAAGCUAGAUUUAAGCCAUCACACAAGAGAAGUAACGACGGCAGAAGGCAGGAGGCUGGCAGAGCAGUAUGAAGCUUUGUUUUACGAGUGCAGCGCCAAGACGGGACGGAACAUGGACGAGCUCAUGAUUCAUUUGGCUGAGAUAUUAAUAACUAAGAAUGACCAACAACGUGAAGAUUCAGUUUUACUGAGUGAGGAGACUGCAGAAAGAGGAUGCUGUGUCCACAAAAAAAAGUAGACAAUGGAUUUUUGUACAUAUUUGUUGUUGAAAUUGACGAGAAAACUCAAUUGAUCUUUAAUGAGAAAUAUAUUCUCACUUCUAUUGCAAUUUUUACCAAAGCAUGUCUGUAAUUUUCUGUUUUAUAUGCAUUUUUUUGGCUUUGUUUCAAUACAGAAUUUAUUUGUUUA